UUUGGGCUUAUUACGCGCAUAUUUGCCUCUCAUUACGCGGUGGCGAGAGUGAAUGCCUAAAAAGGCACAGGUUUUAUUGAAAGCUAGAUAUAUAAACAAGUGUUGAACGCAGACAGAAUCACAACUGAGCUCAAUUCACCUGGCUUUUGCAGGUCUCUCCCCCAGCUGCCAUGGAUAGACGAAUCGCCUCCCCAGAUUAUAUUAGCCAAGAGAUGUUGAGAAACGCUCUCUACGGCAAGUGGUGCGACCUGAGCGGACGAAGUUUGCCUGCUGAUAACAACACCAAAGCUCGUCAACUUCUCGAAAAGAAGAAAGGUCUACCGAUGCCCCCUCAAGUUACCCUGUGCCCGUCGUCCCUACCCGGAGUAAUCCUGGGGGUCUUUUCAACAGACUGGAUCAAGGAGGGUACAGAGAUGGGACCCUACUCAGGCCGGAUCGUCAGGCCGCAGGAUAUCCCUACAGACAGGGACAACAGGUUCAUGUGGGAGGUUUUCGAUGAUGAAGGUAGACUCGUCCACUUCGUCGACGCGUCCGAGGAAGCCACACAGACUUGGAUGUCACACGUAAAUUGCGCGCGAAACGACCAGGAACAAAACCUCGAAGUCUUCCAAAUGGGUUCUGAAAUAUACUACCGUGCAAUUAAGACCAUUCCCCCAGAUCAGGAGUUGUUGGUCUACUACGGGUCAUCAUUUGACCUCUUUUUAGGCAUCCCCUGUGGCCCCGUGAUUCAAGAGCAGCGAACAAAGAUCUCAACAGAAGACACCGUAAGUGAUCUGCAGACCACACCCACUCCUCAAAGCCGUCUUCAUUGUGUAGUUUGUAGGCGUGGCUUCAACUCACGUAGCAACCUUCGCUCGCACAUGCGCAUUCAUACGCUAGAGAAACCUUUCAUGUGCAAGUUUUGUCAUCGUCGGUUUAGCCAGUCUUCAACGCUAAGAAAUCACACGAGGCUCCACACAGGUGAAAAGCCCUACCGAUGUAACGUUUGCCACAGCGCCUACUCGCAGCUCGCCGGAUUACGAGCCCAUCAAAAGAGCGCACGUCAUCGACCCCCAAACUCGAGUUCGACGAUCACGACCAUGCCCAUGGCCAUCCAGCGGCCCCCACUCCAACCUGUACCCCACACCGUACCCGCCUACAAACCGACCGAGCCUGGUAAGGUUUGACGAGUUUCCAUCGUAAAUCGGAGAAACAAGAAACGUUCAUGGUCGCAUCCGGAUCGCUUCACCGACGUAAAUGUUCCUUCCCGAAGGCCGAGGGACUAAACAAGGCCUAACUCUACCAAGAUCAGUUCCAAACUCAUAUACGUUGUCCUACGUACCCUUUCUCCACUCCCUGCUGAGCAAUAAUCCCACACAAUUCAGAAGAAAUACGCCGCUGCCGACCAAACCAUUGAGAACAUUUUUGGAACAAUGGAGAGUUUUUGCUCUGCGAUGUACAGACGGUUAAAAACAGAGAAUAUGUAUUGUUAAAUGCCCUUCAUGACAAAAAAAAACAAGAAGUCUUUGUCGAAACAGUAAUUUCGUCCUCGAUUCUG